AAACCUUUCCUUCUCAAUUAAUCAUCUUCCUCCUUCGAUUCUCUGUUUUCUCCAAAUUUUACAAAAAAUUCGACCUCGAAAAUGGCCACGCCUAGCGAAGCAUCAGCUCUUUUCUUCAUCAAGAAGUAUCUUCUCGACGAACUUUCUCCGGUGCCUACUCUCACCACCAAUCGAUGGAUGAACGAACCGGUAGCUCCAGAAUCAAGCUCCGAUUUUUCAAUCUUCGGUUCAUUUGAUCAAACCGGUUUCGAUUUUCCUGAUUUCGAGACUAAACCGGAGAUAAUCGAUCUCGUGACGCCCAAGUUCACCGAGGAGGUGAAAGCUGAAAUUCCACUAGCAUCGAGCGAUUCCUUCACCUUCCAAUCGAAUCCACGCGCCGUUUCCGGUUCAAUUGCGCAAUCGAACCGGAAACCGCCGUUGAAGAUCGCACCGCCGAACAGAACCGAGUGGAUCCAAUUCGCAACCGGAAAUACUCAACCGGAACAGCUUCCCGGACCGGAAGCCGCGGAAGGGAAGAGGCAUUACAGAGGAGUGAGGAUGAGGCCGUGGGGGAAAUUCGCGGCGGAGAUAAGAGAUCCGAACCGUCGAGGAACUAGGGUUUGGCUCGGGACGUUUGACACGGCGAUCGAAGCCGCUAGGGCUUACGAUAAAGCGGCGUUUACACUCCGAGGGUCAAAGGCGAUUGUCAAUUUCCCGCUUGAGGUUGAGAUGUGGAAUCCACGCGAUGACGUUGGCCAGAAUAAACGGAAGCGAGACGGAGAGGAGGAGGAAGAUGUGACGGUGGCUGAGAAAGUGCCUAAGACGGAGGAGAGUGACGCCGUUGAGAAAACGACGUCAAGUUUGACGGCGAUUGAUGACUGGGACUUGACGGAGUUUCUGAGCAUGCCGCUUUUAUCACCGUUAUCUCCGUUUGGUUAUCCACAAUUGACUGUUGUAGGAGGAACUGGGUAUCUGUGGAUUGGUUGCUUUGUGUGUAAAAUGUGGGUGCCUACUUUAAGCUCAAGCUCAUGCUCAAGUGAGGAGAGGGAAGAGAACAGUGGAGAAGCCGGGCUUUCGCCGGUUUACCUCAACGUGUAUGAUCUAACGCCUGUGAACAAUUACCUCUAUUGGUUUGGUAUCGGAAUUUUCCAUUCUGGAAUCGAGGCUCAUGGUUUCGAAUAUUGCUAUGGAGCUCAUGAGUAUCCAACGAGUGGGGUAUAUGAGGUGGAGCCUAAGAGCUGUCCAGGGUUCGUCUUUAGACGGUCGGUUUUGUUGGGAAGUACCAGCAUGUCCCGUUCAGAUUUCCGCUCAUACAUGGAGAAGCUUUCAAGAAAAUACCAUGGUGACACUUACCAUUUGAUUGCCAAGAACUGUAACCAUUUCACCGAAGAAGUAUGCUUGCAGCUUACCGGAAAGCCUAUUCCAGGAUGGAUUAAUCGCCUGGCCCGUGUAGGUUCGUUCUGUAAUUGUCUUCUACCAGAAAGCAUUCAGCUUACAGCUGUUAGUGCUCUUCCCGAACGCCUUGAAUUCUCUGAUGAUGAGGAAUCAAACUCAGAGGCAUCUUCAGUGUCAGAUGAAGAAGAAUCAGAGCGGAAACUAAUAAAUGCAGCAGACAGAGAGAUUGUGUAUCUACAAAACAAACCGGUAAGACUUACCAGAGAGGAGACUCCCUGAGUAACCAACCAGCGUCGGUUUACUCCUGAAGCAAGUAACCAAACCAGUCAUCAGAGAGCUUGCAGAGUGUAAAACAAUGUAGCCAUGGAGGGAGUAAGUGAUGUUUGGUUUUGUCUCCUUAUUGCUGCGCUUCUUCUGUCGGAAAUAUUUGUUUAGUAUAUUCUUCUCAUUUUAGGAAUGUAUAAAACAUAUUCCAGAUUUUAUCAAAUUCAGACCACCCUUUUGCAGUUAAAAGGCUAAA